UUUGAUUUUUUAAUUUUGUUUUGAUUUUUUUUUUCUAUUUUCAAAACAAAACAAAAACAAACUUUGAAACAAGUGUCAACAGUGAAAAAUAAAACAGAAAAAAUGGAUGAUCCACCAACAGCAACAACACCGACAAGUGCACCGGUAAAUGAAUCCGAUUUUUCAUUACCACCACGUGAUCCAGAAGAAUUUGAUGAAUUAGUAUUAAAAUUUCGUAAUGGAAUCGUACGAUUAAAUGAUUUAAAAGAUCCAAAAGAAGGAAUUGAAAUGAGAAAAUUAUUACAAGAACUUAAUAAUAACUUGGAGAUUUAUUCAUUAAACAAUCGUUUUAAUAGUUUUUUCGCAACAGCAUUACCAAUAAUGUUACAAUUUCUAAAUACUGGUAAAAAAUGUCAUAUAAAAGGAAAUCCUGAAACACAUAAUCGUCAAUUAGUAUUGGAAUUGUUAACACGUUUCCCAUUAUCAGUUACGAAAAAUUUUCUUCAACAAAUGUUUCCAGUACUGUAUAUGAUAAUGGAAUCGGAUAAUGAAGAUAAUGCUUGUAUUGCAUUUCGUAUAUUGAUUGAUCUACAUAAACGUACACAAAAAUUAAAUGAUGAUGCAAAAAAAUUUCUAACAUUAAUCAAAAAAUUUACCUGUAUGCUGAUGCAAAAUUAUCAGAAAAUAUUUCAACCAUCCAAACAGGUUAGUGGUGUUGAAAAAUCCGAUUUGGAACCAACAUUAGAUGAAAUAUUUAUUGCAACAUCAUUAACUGAUCGUUCAACUUGUUUAACAUUAUUACCAAGAGGUAUAAAUUCAUUAAAAUUAUUAAUUGAAGUACCAAUCAAUAUAAUAAUGUUAAUGCAAGUUUAUCGUAAUCUAAAUGAAAUUGAAUAUUUUGAAUUAUUACAAUUGGCUAUAAAAUUAGUUGAAUUACAACCAACUGAUGAACAGAAAAAUGAUCCAUCAUUUAAUCGUGAUAUUUAUUCAGAAUUCCUAACAGUGCAGAUAAAAUAUUUUUCAUUUAUUGCAUUUAUGGCACGUACGCAAGAAGAAAAAUUUCAAACAUUACCAAAAAUUGCUGAACAAUUACCAGCGAUUGUAUUGAAAUUUUUUCAUAGUUUACCCGAUGAAAUGACAAGUUUACGUAAAGAUUUAUUAUAUUCAACACGUUAUAUUGUUGGUACAAGAUUUCGUACAUAUUUUCUACCUUAUAUUGAAGAAUUUUUUAAUGAAAAUAUUAUUAUUGGUAAUGGUUGGGCAACACGUGAAACAUUACGUGCAUUUGCAUAUUCAGUUAUAUAUGAUUUGGUUCAUCAUCUUCGUGAUUCAUUAAAAUUAAGAGAAUUAAAUUUAGUUGUAAAUAUUUAUUCACGUAAUCUUUAUGAUGAUUCAUUAAGUCUUUCAAAUCAUAUUAUGUCAUGUCGUUUGUUGAUUAAUAUUGCUGAUGCAUUUUGUAAAACUGGUGAAAAGGAAAAAUGCCUGACGAAUGUACCAUCAGCAUUGAUAAAAAUUCUGAAAAUUUAUGUAAAUAAAAUUGCUUUAAUGGCAAAAUAUUCAUUACCAAGAAUAAAGGCAAAAUUGAAUUCAAAGGAAUCAACGAAAGAAUCAACAACGAAAAAUGAUAAAUUGAAAAAAUCAUCGUCAACAACCAAUAUUGAUGAUAUAGCUGAUUAUAAUGAUAAUAGCAAUAAUUAUAAAACAAAUAUUGAAUAUUUAACAUCAUCAUUUAUUGAUAAUGAUGAUUAUCGUUUACAUUAUGGUAUACCACCGGAUGGUGGACAAUCAACAACAACAAUAAAUGAAUGUCGUAUGUUAACCAGGCAAUUAUUUAAUGGUUUAAAAUUAUUAUCAAUAAAAUUAAAUGAUAUGUGUCAAAAUAUACAAUGGUCACUGUAUGCACAAUCAUUACAAUCAUCAACGACAACAACAAAUGGUCAACAACAACAACAACAACCGCCGCAACAACAACAACAACAACCACCAAUACGUACUGGUUAUUGUCGACCAAAUGAUAUUCAUAUUUUAAUCAAUUUAUUUCAAAAUGGUUUAAAAUUAUUAGAAAUUUAUAAUUUAUCAAUAUUUCCAUUUACAACAACAACAACAAAUCAACAACAAUCGUCUGGUGGUAAUGGUUUUAAUCUAAAUUUAAAUAAUAGUAAUAAUAAUAAUCGUCAACAACAACAACAAUCGUCGACAACAACAACAACAACAAAUAAUCAACAAAAUUUUAAUCAACGUACAAAAGAAGAAAAAGAAGCUAUUGAAUUAUUUUGUAAUAUAUUUACAAUAUUAACACCACAAACAUUUCGUGUUAUAAUUAAAUCAUCAAUCGAUUAUUUAGUUAAUUGUUUAUAUGAAAAUAGUAAUCUAACACAAUUGGUACAUUAUCUAUUGUCGCAACAAAAUACAUCAAGAGUAUUUGCUGAUAUACUUACGGGUUAUCUGGUUGAACGUAUGGAAAUAAUGGGUAAUAAUACUGAAAUGUCAAGUUUAUAUUUAAAAUUAUUUAAAUCAGUAUUCGGAUCGGUUUCGUGUUUACAUUUUGAAAAUGAACGUAUGUUACAACCACAUUUACGUAAAUUGGUUAAUAAUUCAAUGAAAAUGGCACUAAAUGCACAAGAACCAUAUAAUUAUUUUAUGUUAUUACGUGCAUUAUUUCGAUCGAUUGGUGGCGGUUCACAUGAUCAAUUAUAUCGUGAAUUUUUACCAAUGUUACCAUCAUUAUUACAAGGUUUAAAUAAUUUUCAAACCGGUAUACACCGGCAAAAUAUGAAAGAUUUAUUUGUUGAAUUAUGUUUAACAAUACCUGUACGAUUAUCAUCAUUACUACCAUAUUUACCAUGGUUAAUGGAUCCAUUAGUAUCGGCAUUGAAUGGUGCACCAAAUCUUAUUGCACAAGGCCUUCGAACAUUAGAAUUAUGUGUUGAUAAUUUACAACCAGAUUUUCUUUAUGCACAUUUUUUACCUAUUCGUAUUGAAUUAAUGCAAUCAUUAUGGAAAACAUUACGUUAUCAAAAUGAUAAUAUUGCACAAAUAUCAUUUCGUAUACUGGGUAAACUUGGCGGUACAAAUCAUCGUAUGAUGAAUGAACCACAAAAAUUAGAAUAUCUUGAAUUUCGUGAUCCAAUAUUGAAUGAAAAUGAUGAUGAUCAUUUUGAUAAUAAUAAUAAUAAUAAUAAUAAUCAAAGACAAAUUGAAUUUAAUAAUAAUAAUAUACCAUCACAUGGUUCAUAUGCAUAUAUGGAAAUAAAAUUUGAAAAUGAUUCAAUAAUACAAUUACCAGUGGAUAAAGUUAUUGAUAUUGCUUGUAAAAGUUUACGUUUACCAAAUACUGAUACAUUUUAUCGGCAACAAAGUUGGGAAGUUGUAAAAGGAUUUCUAAUUGCAAACAUACAGAAUUUCUCUAGUGAUAAUGAAAAACAACAAAUGCAUAAACUAUUUUCACAUCCAACAUUUUUAAAUGGUUUAGAUUUUGGUUAUUGUAGUAGUAGUACGAAUUCAAUAUCCACAUCAUCAUCAUCAUCAUCAUUAACAAUAAAUUUUUAUAAAUUUAAUGAUGAAAAGCUGAGAAAAGUACAUGAAUCAGCAUUGAUUGCAAUGUUAACAGCAUCAGCUAUAAAAGAAUUAAGACAAACUGUAUUGAAUUUUAUGGUACCAUUAGUACGGCAUUAUAUAUUGGUUGCAAUUUGUCAACAAUCUGGUCCGAUUAAUAGUUCUGGUCGUACUGUACGUUUACAUGGUAUGGAUCCGCUGGUUUUGAUUGAUGCAAUGACCACCGUAAUGGGACAAGAAGAAAAAGAACUUUGUAAACCAUGUCAAUUUGUAUUGAGAGUUAUAAUUGAAACAACAACAAGUGUUCUGGGUAAUAUUGAUCGUGCUUGUCAAUUACCAUUAUAUGAAUAUAUUUUGGAACGUGUUUGUGCAUUAUGUUAUGAACGUGCUUGGUUUUCAAAAUAUGGUGGUUGUAUUACUGUACGUUAUUUAUUUGAACGUAUGUCAUUACGUUGGUUGUUUAAUCAUCAAUUUAUUAUUCUAAAAGCAAUGCUUUAUGUAAUGAUGGAUUUAUCCGGUGAUUUAUCAAGUGGUGUUAUUGAAAUGGCUAAAGAUAAUAUGGAAACGAUGAUUAAAAUUUGUGGUCUACCAUUAACCACAGCAGCACAAAAAGAUUUACAUGAUUUACAACAAAAAUCAAUGAAUGAUAUUGUACAAGAAUUAUUACGACAAAUUACAUCAAGUAAUACUGCGGUACGUGAACAAGCAAUGUAUUUAUUGGAUGUUUAUUCAAAAACAGCAAAUUGUACUAUAACAGAUAUAAUUCGGCCACAUAAAGAAAUGUUAGAAGAUAUGGUACCAUUUAAAAAACAAAAAUUAUUUCAACAACCAAUUCAAGUACAAAUUGGUAUUCUAGAUGGUAAUACAUUCUGUAUAACGCUGGAACCACAAUUAUUCAUUAUUGAUACAACAAUUAAUGAACAUCAAAUAUUUUUUAAUGAUGUUUAUUCUAUUUGUGAAAAUGAUGAUCAAACAUUAUCAAAAUUACCAUGUUAUAAAAAUGUUUCACUGACAACAUUACGUAAAUCAGCUUUGCGUACGCUAUCAGCAUGUCAACAUUUAAAAACAAUGUCACAUAAAAUUUUUAAUGUUCUUUACAAAGCAUUGAUAUCACCGGAUCAAGAAUUACAAGAAUGUGCAUAUGAUUGUAUGAAAAAAUAUAAAUAUCUGAAUAAUGUUAAUCCGGAAAUUAUAAGGAAUACCGUUAGGAAUUUUAUUAUAAAUAUAAGUGAAGUACGGCUAUUAUCACCAAAAGAUCAACUUUUAAUUCAACGUUUGAAAAAUCUUGCACGUUUGUUUGCAUAUUUAUUCAAUGAUAAAUUAUGUGAAUUAAUGUUUCAGCAUUUAAAUCGUACAACUGAUGUUUGUUGUCAAUAUUUACGACGUCAUCGUGAAAAAGAAUAUGAAUUUCGUUUGAAACAACAACAACAACAACAAUCGCAACAACAACCGCAACCGCAAGAACAAAAUGAAAUAAUCAAAACAAAUCUAAUGAAUCUGGAAAAUCAAAUACCAUUAUAUUUGAAUUUAGGUAUUGAAAUUAUAUAUUUAUUUUGUGAAAUUUCAGCUGCUGAUGUUAGUUAUGUUGAAUUACUGUUGAAUUUAUUGACAAAAGCCGAAACAUCAUUAGAUAUUUAUGUUUAUAUGUCUUAUUAUAAACCAAUUAAACAUUUUAUGAAACGUUAUCCAAAAGAAUCGGUUGCACAAAUGGAACAACGUUUGAAUGAAGAACAUAUUUAUCGUUUUUUUCUUCAUAUUAUUUCAUCCGGUGAUGAUGAUAAUGAUAAAAAAGAUAAAGAUAAAGAUGUUAAUGGUGAAGAAUGUAAUCCAUUUCGUAAAGUUUUAUAUGAAAAUCCAUCACGUUUAAUAACAAUAUUACAACAAAGUGUUAAAUCAUUAUAUCAACAAAAUUCAUCGACAUCAACAGCAAUGGUUGAAUCGACUAUUUCCACUUCAUCAUCAUCAAUGUUAAUAAUUGGUGGACAACAAUCACCACAACAGGUACCAGCACCUGCAUCAACAAUCGAUGUAAUAUCAUCAUCAUCACCAACACCAAUGUUAAUGAAUUCAUCAUAUCAACGAUAUCAAGUUAUAAAAAUUAUUUAUAAUUUAAUAAAAUAUGAUAAAAAUUGGUUAAUCAAACAACCGGAAUUGAUAAAAUCAUUAAAAUCAAUAUGGAUUUGUAAUUUAUUUCAUAAUGAUCAUAAAGAAAAUUAUCAAAUGAAUACAAAACAAUGGGAAGAACCACGUUUAUUAGUAAAAUGUUUAUUAAAUUAUUUGGAUAAUCAACAAGAAGAUUAUGAACUAUAUUUUCAAUUAUUACGUUCAUUUAUUGGUAAAUAUCAUUGUGAUUUUGAAUUUUUACGUAAAUUUUUUGCUGAAAAAAUGUUGACAAAAUUUUCAAUCGAAUGGAAAAGAGAAAUAUUUUUAAAAUUUUGUAAUUUAUUUAAUUCGACGCAAACAACAACUGUGGAUGAUUUAUCGAUGGAAUGGUCAAUGGAAUUGAAGGCAAAAAUCCUACAAUAUAUUAUUAUACCAAUAUUUUCAUAUACAUUUAAAAUGGGUGAAAAUGAAAAAUUUCUUGGACAACCAUUGGAACCAGAUGAUUCUUCAUUGUCAUCAACGACAACGAUGAAUCAAGAAUCGACAAAUUCCAAUUUAGUUUCAGUUUUUAUUAAUGUUUUAAUGGAAGAAAAAACAUCCGUAACGGAUUCGAUAAAAAUUCUCAUUCUACAACUUGGUUGUUUGAUUGUUGAACAUGCAUCGAAUUAUAUACGGCCGCCACAAAUAUCUGAAAAUGAACGUGUACCACGUUGUAAACGUGAAAAAAGUGAAGUGCGAAGUUUAAUGUCAUAUGCAUGGCCUGGGAUUUAUUCAACACGUCGUCAAGAUUCAGUGAAAAAAUAUUAUUGUCAUCUUUUGGUUGCACAUAUUAUAUCAAAAAUAUCGAUAUUAAAACGAAUUAUACGUCAUGUUUUACAAAACCUGCUGAAAGCAUAUUAUCCAGAAUCACGUGCAAUUGUUUUUAAUGCAUUAGAAAUAUUAAUACCAAUCUUGCCGCAACGUAUUAAUGAUGGUUAUCGACAGCUACGGCAAUUUACAAAAAAAUUAAUGAUUGAAGAAAGUCAUGUUUCAGCACAAUUUAAUCAUCUGUUACAGAUUUUGGUUCGAUAUUAUCGUAUUUAUUAUCCAACAAGACAUAUUUAUCUACCGCAUAUGGUUAAUGCAAUACAACGUUAUGGUUUAUCACAAAAUUCAAUAAUUGAAACAAGGAAACUUGCAUUAGAUUUAGUUGAAGUUAUUAUACGUUGGGAACAUGAAAGAAUUUCUACUGAACAAAUGGAUAAAACUGAUAAACAAACUGAUAUUGAUUCAAGUGAUAGUGAAUCAAGUUUUGAUUCAAAACAAGAACAACAAUCAAAUAAAUCAUCAUCAUCAACAACAAUAGCAUUACAGAUUACAAAUAGUCAAAGUAGUUUGAAUAGUCAAACAUCAUUAUCACCGCAAGAAAUACAAUUAUCACAUGGUUCAAUUGAAAAAGAAUAUUCGGAUGCUAUUCUACAAUUUUUAUUACGUUUUAUUUGUAUGUCACCGGAUUUUAAUGUUACACCUGGUAGUAGUAUAACGCAGAAUUUUUUUGCUUGGAAUUCACAAACAUUACCCGAAUCAUUAUGUCGACGUGCAUUUUCAUUAUUGAAAGAUGCUUUGCAAAAUGAAUUUUGGCCAUUAAAUGAUAUAAAAUUACAUUCAUUAGAAAGAAUUCUGAUGUUAGUUUCGAAUGAAAAUUCAUCAUCAUCACCACAUCAAUCACUGCCACCGAAUACAGUUAUACAAAUUUGUUUGGCCCUAGAUUUAUUGAUAUUAUUUUUACAAACAUUAAAACGUGAUCUGGCCAUUCAAAUGUUAAUGCCAUUACAACGUGCAAUAUCAACAUGUUGUACAUGUACAAAUCCAAAAAUUGUAUCAACUGUACAUAAUUUAUUAACAAAAAUGAUGUCAAUAGUACCACCAUCAUGUCAUUCAUCAACAAUAUCACCAAAAUGUGGUCAACCAGUUAAAAUUGAUACAUUAGAAACAUUUGAACAACUUUAUACCGAUAUACAUUCAUUAAUAUUGAAUGGUUUUAUGUCUUAUAAUAAAAUUGGACAACCAAUGAUUAUACCUGGUGCAGGUGCAGGUGGUCAAAUGAAUAAUCCUAAUGUUGUUGGUGGUGGUACUAUCAAUAAUAAUAAUAUUUCAUCAAAUCAAUCACGUCAAUCAACAGCAACUGGUCAACAAAUAGCUACUGGUCAAUCAACAACAAUUCCUGGUCUAAGUAGUUCAACAACAACAUUAUCACAAUUAUUUAGUGUUUUAAUGUGUUUAAAAGCAGCCUGUUUAAAUGAACCAGCAUAUAUUGAUCGUUUAUCGACACCAUUUUUAGUUAUGCUACAAAAAUUAGUAAAAGAACAUACAAAUAUAAUUGGUAAUCAUCCACAUCAUCAUCAUCCACAUACACAUCAAUCAUCACAAGAUUUUAAUUCAUCAUUAUGUGCUGAUAUAAUCAAUCUUUGUUUGGAAUUGAUAAAAAAUCGUAUUGCAUUUUCAAAUCCAGAAACAAGGCGAACAUUAAUCAAUAAUGUUUUCCUGAUUUUAAUUGAAAAAUCACCUGAAAUUAAGGUGAUGAAAACAUUAUUAAAAAUAUUUGAAGAAUGGAUUAAACAACCAUUAUCAUCGUCGUCGACAACAAGUGGAUCAUCGACAACAAACGUAUCAAUGUUACGUGAUAAAACAACAUUAGUAUUACGUAUUGGACAUAAUAUUGAAAAAAGAUUUCCAGAUGAUAUUGAAUUGAAUAAUCAAUAUUUAGAAUUAAUACAUUAUAUUUAUUCGGAUGAACAAUUAAAAACACAUGAUAUAGCAACAAAAUUAGAAUUUGCAUUUAUGGCCGGUUUACGUUGUCAACAGCCACAAAUACGACAGAAAUUUUUUAAUCUUCUGAAUCAAAGUUUACGUCGUCGUUUAUAUGAACGUUUAUUGUUUAUAAUAAAUUCACAAAGUUGGGAUACUAUUGGUAUACAUUAUUGGAUUAAACAAGCGAUUGAAUUGAUAUUAUCAAUAUCAAAUGAAAAUGAAACGAUAAAAAUUGGUAACCAGAAUUCCAAACUACCAUUACCAAUAUCAUUGAUACCAUUGAAUGAAAAUCAAGAUCAUAAAUCAUUAUUAUUAACAAGUUUUGUAUCGAAUGGUUUGAAUUGUACACCAACCGAUAUGUUAAUGAAUAUGGAAUUGAUGAAUUUUACUAAUCAAAAUUGUACCAAUAGCAGUAGCAAAAACGAUAGUAUUGAAAUGAUGGAUGUUUGUGUCGAUAAUGGUGGUAAUGACAAAAAACAAGAUUCGGAAAAUUUUCUUAAUGAUAUUUUCAAUGAUCAACAGACAUCGAAAGCUGCAACAAAUAAUCAAGAUACGAAAUCACAGGAUAAAUCCAAAGAUAUUGUUGAAAUUGUUUGUAAUUUCCUUCAAUGUAACCGACAAUAUAAAGCAUUACCAUUUUUUAAUGCUGUUGCACAACUUUGUCAUCUAGAUAAUCAAUUAGCACAUCAUUUAUGGAUACAAUUAUUCCCACGGAUAUAUUCAAUAUUAACAGAAAAAUAUCAAACAAUGAUUGCUUGUGAAUUGGCACCAUUUUUCAUAUCAGGUGUACAUAUUUAUCAACGUGAAAUACCAAUAAGUUCAGUGAAUACAUUUUUCGAAGCAGUUGUACAUUGUGAACCAUCGAUAAAAUUUCGACCAUCCAUUCUACGUUAUUUAAGCCGUAAUCAUAAUCUUUGGCAUCGUUGUUCAUUAUUAUUAGAAAUGGAAAUGGAUAGUAUUUAUUCAAAUCGUUCUGCAUUUAGUUUAGGUGGUUUAAUUACGAAUGAUAUUAGUAAUCAACAACAAUCAUCAUCGACAAAUAAUCAACAAAUCAUCAAACAUACACGUAGUGUUGUUGGAUCAUCACAAUUGAAUAAUGUUGGUGAAAAACAACAACAACAACAUAAUACGAAUAGUAUGAAUUCGCUAUCGGCAAAUAUAAAUGAUAUUCUACCAUAUGAAUUACCAACAUCAAUGAAUCAACCAUAUGGUCAUGAAUGUAUGUCUGCAUUAGCUAAUAUUUAUGAAACAUUGAAAGAACAAGAUUAUUGGUCAGGUGUUUGGUUUAAAAAAGCAAAUUAUAAAGAAACAUUGAUUGCAAUCGCAUAUGAACAACAAGGUUAUUUUGAACAAUCAAAAGGUGCAUAUGAAUUGGCAAUGAGUAAAGGAAAUAAUGAAUAUAAUAAUACACCAAUACCAUUAUGGUUGAAUGAAGAAUAUCUGGUUUGGGAAUCACAUUGGAUACGUUGUUCAAAAGAAUUAAAUCAAUGGGAUUUUCUAAAAGAUUAUGGUAAUUCAAUUGAUUUACCAAAUCCAUUACUUGUAUUGGAAUCAGCAUGGCGUAUACCGGAUUGGGAUGCAAUGAAUAUGGCUGUAAUGUGUGUUGAACAAAAUCUACCAAAAGAUUUUGCAUGGAAAUUAGCAUUAUAUAAAGGUUAUAAUGCAUUAUGUAAUCCAAAUCAUUGUGAUAUGAUAAUUGCUGAACGUAUGGUUGAAGUUGCAACAAAUUUUCUAUUAAAAGAAUGGCGUAAAUUACCGAAAAUUGUUUCAUCAGCACAUAUCAGUAUAUUACAAGGUGCACAUCAAGUUAUUGAAUUGAAUGAAGCACAUAAUUUGAAUCAUAUUUUAUUGAAUGGUAAUGUCAGUGGUGUUGGUGGUGGUGGUGGUAUUGUUUAUCCAAAUAAUGAAAGAUCAUCAUAUGAAUUACGUAGUUUAAUAAAAACAUGGAAAAAUCGUUUACCAAUUGUUGCGGAUGAUUUAUCACAUUGGAGUGAUAUAUUUACAUGGCGUCAACAUCAUUAUCAAAUGAUUGUAACAAGAUUUGAACAGGAAAUAAAAUUACAACAACAACAAGGAAAUCCAAUACCACCGGGUUCAGCAUCGAAUGCAUUAUGUGGUGCACAUGCAUCAGCACAAUCAUUAAUACAUUUGGCAAAAGUUGCCCGUAAACAUUUCCUAAUAAAUGUUGCAUUAGAUCAAUUAAAUCGUAUACAUACAAUACCAAAAGUACCAAUAGUUGAUUGUUUUCAAAAAAUUCGUCAACAAUUAAAAUGUCAUUUAUUGAAACAUUCAAUGCAACCAACUGGUGAAGAAUUACAAGAAGCAAUGUCCGUUAUUGAUUGUACACAUUUACAUUUUUUUCAAAAUGAAAUGAUGGCUGAAUUUAUUGCAUUGAAAGGUUAUGUUCUGAUGAAAAUGAAUCGUAUGGAUGAAGCGAAUAAAAAUUUUUCCGCAUCAUUACAAUUAUCGGAUACGGUUGUAAAAUCAUGGGCAAUGUGGGGUGAAUUUUUUUAUGAAAUAUUUACUACCGGUGCACAAGAAUCAUUCGCACAACGUAAUAUGCAGAAUGGUAAAAAUGCAAUUAUAGCAUUCUUACAUGCAUCCAGACAUCAAAGUGAUUCAAAAACACGUAAAUAUUUAUCAAAUGUUUUAUGGUUAUUAUCAUAUGAUAAAGAACAACAAUUAGCACAAGCAGUUGAACAAUAUAAUACUGGUGUACCACCUUGUAAUUGGGUACCAUGGAUACAACAAUUACUACAUUGUUUAGUACGAUCGGAAGGACAACAUAUGUUGACAAUAUUAUCACAGAUUAGUAAAUUGUUUCCGGAAGCUGUAUAUUUUCCAACACGGACAUUAUAUCUUUCAUUACGUUUGGAACAACGUGAAAUGAAAUAUAAAUAUUGUAUAUUUUCAUCGGCUGUUGGUAUUCAACAACAACAACAACAACAACAAUCAUCAAAUUCACAACAACAACAACAACCACAUCAACAACAACAACAACAAUCAACUACUGAUCAAGUACAAGUAUCAUCAGCAACAUGGCGUUGUACAAGAAUAAUGCAUCAUCAACGUGAAUUACAUCCAACAUUAUUAACAUCGAUUGAAGGUAUACUGGAUCAAAUGUCAUGGUUUCGUGAAAAUUGGUUUGAAGAAAUAUUAAGACAAUUACGACAAGCAUUAGCAAAAUGUUAUACAAUUGCAUUUGAAAAUCGUGAUAAUGUUGCUGAAACAAUAACAUCAAAUCAUACAUUAAGUUAUAUUAGGAAAUUGGUUACUACAUUUGGAAUUGGUAUUGAUAAUGCAGCAACAGCUGGUGGUAGUUCUAGUGCCGGUAAUCAAUCAUCAUCAGCUAAUCAAUCAACAAAUUAUUCAAGUAAUGCAAAUAAUGAUUCAACAAAUCAAAAUAAACAACAACAACGUUCAACAUCAUCGACAGCAACGGCUAGUAGUAAUACAACAGCAUCAGAAACAUUAGCACGUCGUGCACAAUCAACAGUACAGGAUCCGGAUUUUCAAAAAAUGAAACAACAAUUUGCAAAUGAUUUUGAUUUCAGUGUACAAGGUUCACAUAAAUUACAUAAUUUGAUUGUAAAAUUUAAAAAAUGGAUAAAAAUAUUGGAAGCUAAAACAAAAUUAUUACCAAAAUCAUGGCUAUUGGAAGAAAAAUGUCGUUAUUUAAGUAAUUUUUCAAAUCAAAUUGUUGAAGUAGCAUUACCGGGUGAAUAUUUUCUACCGAAAUUGAAUGCAAUGUGUAUUGUACAUAUUGCACGUUUUAUGCCACGUGUUGAAAUUAUUACUAAACAUAAUACAACUGCUCGACGAUUAUAUAUUCGUGGUCAUAAUGGUAAAAUAUAUCCAUAUUUAGUAUUAAAUGAUUCAUCAUUAAGUGAAGUUAGACGUGAAGAAAGAUUUUUACAUCUAUUACGUUUACUUAAUCUUUAUCUAACUAAACAUAAAGAAACAGCACGACGGGUUAUUAGUUUUACCGUUCCACGUGUUGUACCGAUUCAUGGACAAAUGCGUUUUGUUGAAGAUAAUGUAUCAUCAUUAUCAUUGAUUGAAAUCUAUAAACAACAUAUGAUUCGAAGGGGUUCUGAUCCAGAUGCACCAAUUGCAAAAUAUUAUGAUCGUUUAUUAAGUCUACAGACUAAAGGAUCUGGACAAGUUUCGCUAUCACAAUUAAAAGAUAUUAUUUAUGAUAUACAAUCAUCAAUGGCGCCGAAAACAUUGUUAAAAGAAUGGGCGCUGCAAACAUUUUCAACAGCAACAGAAUUUUGGCAUUUUCGUAAAUUAUUUACAUUACAAUUAGGUUUAGCUGGUAUUUCGGAAUUUGCAUUUCAUUUGACAAGAUUAAAUCCGGAUAUGAUGUAUAUACAUCGUGAUAGUGGUUUAAUUAAUAUUGCUUAUUAUCGUUUUGAUUUGAAUGAAGAAAGUGGUGAAUUAAUCAGCAACCAGCCGGUACCAUUCCGUAUGACACAUAGUGUACAGAAUUUAAUUACUGAAAUUGGUAUACAUGGACCAUUGACGGCAACAAUGAUUUCAUCAGCAAGUUGUUUAGUUCAUCCAAAUUAUAAAGUACGUUCAAUAUUAUUGGCUAUAUUACGUGAUGAAAUUAUCAAUUGGCAUAAACGUGUUAAAUCGAGUGAAAAAAUGGCAUUAAUAUCAGCAGCAAUGACUGCAUUAGCUACUAAUCAAACGGCAAAAAUUUUAAAUCAAAAUCAAAAAGAUGAUUCUAAUAUGGAUACUAGCAAUAGUGGUGGUGGUGAUCAACCAAAUCAACAACAACAACAACAAUUUACUCAACAACAAUUGGCCGAUGUAAUUAAUUCACCAAAUAUGAAUGAAAUACCUGAAAUGGGUGGUGAAGAAUUAGUGAAUUUAGUUACAAAAGCUGCUAAUGCUAUUAUGUCAAGAUUACAAAGUCUGGCAACAUUUGAUGGUACCGAAAGUAAUGUUGCAACAUUAAUCAAUUUGGCAAUUAAUCCGGAUAAUCUUUGCUGUAUGGAUCCGGCUUGGCAUCCAUGGCUUUAAGGAAGAAAAA